ACUUUGGCACCAUGACACAAUUAACGCUCAAAGACAUUUUACAUUAUGCGGUCGAUUAUGAUCCUCUUGUAGUUGUUGAGCCGUAUCCCAUACCUAGAGAGGCAGAUUCACCUCAUCCUUUUACGGCCAGUUUCACCAUUGAGCAGUUCCGUUCGUUUUGGAAUCAGGAAAGGAUCGCAUUUCAAUGGCAGUAUUGUUCAGAAAGGAACUCACGCACAUUCUACAGCAACCAACCUCUGGAUACGCCACUUCCUUGUUUCAAACCCACAACUUAUGGCUCUCAAGAUCCUGGUCGUCCUCGUGAAUACGAUUGGUCUGUGAAACAUGGCUGUAGACAACGCCGGCGAGAGAAAGCACUCACUAUUGGCCGUAGCUCCGUGGGUAAAAAUUGUCCAGCUCACAUUCGUAUACAAAAGGUUGUUGGCCAAGAUCGAGUGAAUAUCGAAUACCAUUGGCGUCACAACCAUAGCACCGCUCCAGAAGCAACAUCUCUUCUCCCCUUGGGGCCUAACGAGCAUAAUUGGUCCAAAAAAAGGAUUAUGGAGGAUCGGGAUUGGAAAGACAUUAAGGUUCUUUUACGACCGAGUUCUGAAUUGGUCGAUAGGGAGGGAGACAAAGUUUCGCCCGCUCAUUUCAUAAAGUACAACAAUAUCCGUGCAAGCGUUUAUCGUCGGCGCGUAGCAUCAUCUCAAAAACAUAAGGACGUUAAAGUAAGUGUCAAUCUCUGGAUCGAACAGAUUCAUCAAGAUGGAGGCAAAGGGUUUUUCGUAGAUCAUUUCGACAAUAAACCAGAUCAAUAUUUAAUUGCUUGGUCUUUCGCCUCUCAGCUCAAGAUCAUACAGGAAGAUAGCCAAGUCUUGUUUAUGGAUUCAACGUGCAAGGCGAUAAAAUCCUUGGAACCAACUAAUGAAAAUCUUAAAGUGUAUACAUCGGCGUGUCUAUUCACAAUCUUUGCUAAAGACGCUCAUGGCCAGAGAGGCAUACCAAUUGCUCAUAUGAUCUCAAGUUCAAAAUCAAGGGAUUUGAUUAUCAAAUGGCUGUCCUGGCUCAAAAUCGAUUGUGGAUUGAAUGCAAGCAAAUUUAUAGUAGAUCGUGCAGUAUUGGAAACUGAAAUCGCCAAUGCAAUAUUCCCGGAUGCAACAAUCUAUUACAGUCUUUUCCAUUUGCAACAGUUAUGGGAGGAGCAACUCAAGAAAGCUUUCAAUAGUAAAGAGCUCGACAAGCUACGACCCUUAUUGACUAGUAUCUGUAAUGCAACCUCUGAGGAACAGCUGCUCAUACUAUCACAGCAACUUAAAGUUCAACAUCCUGGAGCAACUGCAGUUUUCGAGUACAUCGAAAACAACUGGUUCAACGAUUUACAGAAGCCCUACUGGAUGAUCUUCAUGGGAGAUAAUUAUCAGCACGUAGACACGAAAGGCUUGGUCGAGGGUUGGCGGAGUGUCCUUAAAAGAUAUCGCUUGGACAGGGAACGGAGUCUACGUGCGGACUGUGCGAUAUACAUGUUACAAAAAGCAUUUAGUACAGAAUUUAAUGUAGAAGGCAGUGGAUCUCCUGGUGAAUCCCAGCCUAUUCAGAUUCCAUGACGCAAUUUUCAUCAUGCUCGUACAGCAAUAACAAUAAUAAAAAGAUUG